UGGGACCCUUUAAAUUGAUCCUAAAACCAAAAUAAAAAUAAAAAUAUUGGGCCUAGAACAUUUUACCAAAUUUGGGGGCCUUAUUUUUUAGCCAAAAUUUUGGGGCCUAAGGCACAGGCCUUACUGGCCUUAGGCCAGGGCCGGCCCCAAUCCUUCCACCUGAGUGCAUCGACCUCCACUCAUCAUCACACUCAGACCUCCCUUGUCAACUAAGUGGUCCUCUACCUGAGCAUGCUUCUCCGUUGAUCCUUUCUCCAUUGGCCAGUUGUUGUAACUCUUACAACAACCUUGGUUGGGAGGAAGCCCUAGGGACCCUUCAGAGCUAGUGUUGCAGUCAUUGGGGUGUCCAAGCACUGUUGUGGGUACCUCAUGCAAGUGCUGAGUAUUUGUCGAGGCACUUGUCUCACUCCACCUAUACACCUGUCAAAACAAGACAAUGAUAUAGGUCUAGCUUGGCAGAGUAGCCACCUGUUCUUCUCACUCAGGCACAUGCCCUUGGCACACCAUGGUAAACUGGCCUCUAUGGCCUAACCCCUUUAUAAAUAGUGAGCCUCCUCUACCUUAGUCUCCAAGCAAUCAACCCCUUUGGCUUAGAGAUUUUGGUUCUCCAACACCAGGCCUAUAUUGUUGCCUUUCUCUCUCUCAAGACCACCUCAAUUAUCACCUAGCCCACCUCCAAUUGUCCAGUGUCAUCUCAAUGCCCAUCAUACGGCAUAAGGCUUCUUCGAGUAGCCACCCACCAUCUACCAUCAACAUCCUUGAGAGAUGUCGAUAUGAUCUUUUCCUUGUUUUUUUUCCUCCAUUUUUAGUGGGGAUGGGAUGCCAGGAUUGGGGUAGUGAUUUAAUGCAAGUUGAAGUUACUGAAAGAGAUCAAUGCUUGUUAAGUUGAGUGGCGAAAGACAUGUUGGCAUGGUUCUAAACCCUAACUUUCUCCCUCCCUGCCCCCAAAAUAGAGACACUUACGAGUGUAGUAGAACUCUUUCAAAGCGAGGGCUGUUAACAUUUAUUUCUUCUUUUCUUAUAUCAGAGUUCUUGUGGAACAACUGGAAAGGGUGAAUGUGGCUCAGAUGGAAACCAAUGCCAAGAUUGCAUUUUGGAUCAACACGUACAAUUCUCUUGUCAUGCAUGCAUAUUUAGCAUACGGUAUAACCCAUGGCUUUUUGAGAAGGUUAGCUUUGUUUCACAAGGCUGCUUACAGCAUCAAUGGCCACAUUGUGAGUGCAAAUACCAUGGAGGAGUCAAUAUUCUGCUUCUGUACACCUCGAGUUGGACGGUGGUUUGAGAUCAUCCUGUCAACUGCCAUGAGGAAAAGAUUCGGAGAAGAAAGACAAGUCAUCAGCUCGAAAUUUAGUUUUCCAAAUUCGCCAUCCCUUGUUUGCUUCGCUCUUUGCACUGGAGCUUUCUCUGAUCCUGUGCUAAAAGUCUACACAGCAUCAAAUGUUAGAGAGGAACUCGAAGCAGCAAAAAGGGAUUUUCUUCAAGCAAAUGUUGUUGUUAAGAAGUCAAAGAAAGUGUUUCUUCCAAAGUUGCUUGAAAGAUUUGCAAAGGAAGCCUCUAUCGCCUCGGAUGAUCUUAUCAAUUGGGUUGCUGAAAAUGUUGAUAAGAAGCUUCAUGAUUUGAUACAGAAAUGCAUCGAUUGCAGAACGUACAGAAAGGCGUCGCAGGUCAUAGAGUGGUUACCUUACAAUAUGAGGUUCAGGUAUGUGUUUUCUAAGGAUUUGACUGAGAAUCCAUGGUGGGUAUAACUUUUUUUUCUUCUCAAUUCUUGGGAUGAAAUUUACCUUGUCAUUUGCCCUUACUGUUGCUUGACUAAAUGAGCUAAAAAUUCAUGUCCAUAUACUUCAAAGUGCAAGUGAUUUACUCAUUGUACAUUUGAUUGUUUAGAUCA